GGGAGCGACAAGCGGGGCGGUUGGGCACUUAUCGGGUUUAGCCGGGCCCACCGCUGUCAGGGAGCUGCGAGUUGACAGAAGUUGUAUCCCCAGCCAAUCCCUGUGCGCCUCUGCGGGGACUGAAACUCCUGUGUCAGAAGCUGUUGCAUCAGUGAUUUCUAAGAAGCAGACAUGGCAGUCCGUGCAUCUUUUGAGAACAACAAUGAAAUUGGCUGUUUUGCCAAGCUUACCAACACCUACUGCCUGGUGGCCAUUGGGGGAUCGGAGAACUUCUACAGUGUGUUUGAAGGAGAACUUUCCGAGACAAUACCUGUUGUACAUGCAUCUAUCGCUGGCUGUAGAAUAAUCGGGAGGAUGUGCGUUGGCAACAGACACGGCCUCAUGGUUCCAAACAACACAACAGAUCAAGAACUUCAGCACAUCAGAAACAGCUUACCAGACUCGGUGCGAAUUCAGAGAGUAGAGGAGCGCCUCUCUGCCUUGGGCAAUGUUAUUGCAUGUAAUGACUACGUGGCUCUUGUGCAUCCUGAUCUUGACAGGGAGACAGAAGAGAUCUUGGCAGACGUCCUUAAAGUUGAGGUUUUUAGACAGACAAUAGCCGAUCAAGUACUUGUAGGGAGUUACUGUGCCUUCAGUAACCAAGGAGGCCUGCUGCAUCCCAAAACAUCUAUUGAGGAUCAAGAUGAACUGUCUUCUCUGCUACAGGUCCCUCUUGUGACGGGAACUGUAAACCGCGGCAGUGAAGUGAUCGCUGCAGGAAUGGUUGUGAAUGACUGGUCAGCGUUUUGCGGCUUGGAUACCACAAGUACAGAAUUGUCCGUUAUAGAAAGUGUAUUUAAACUGAGCGACGCACAUCCUAGUACUAUUGCCACCAGCAUGAGAGACUCCCUCAUUGACAGUUUAACAUAAAAAAAAUGGCAAGCAUCCCUGAUCGUUCCUUUGCUCAAACAAACAACUCUGUCGCUUACCAGCUUUUUCACCAAACUGGACUUCCCAAGAGCGCUGUCGCCCAAAUAUGUCUUUGUUAUUCUGUCAUCGCAUUAAAACUGUAUCUGAAAUAAAAAUGAAAUGGCUUUUUUUAACUGCAAUUUGUGACAGGGAAAAAGAGUGUCGUGUAAGCAUCUGCUUGCUAUAUUGCACUUAAAUAUAUUCUAGGUUAUUAUGAAUAAUAAACAGUUUUAUUACUCAAAAAUAAA